AAGGUGCUGCUUUCAGGACUUUCUGGUGCUUCUCGCUCGCGUGUCUUCAGGAACACGUAAGGAACCUAGGAAGUUCCGGUGUCCGUGUGACAGAUGUGAGCUCCGAGGUCCCUUCACGUUGCCCGGAGCAGCAGUUUUCAUAAGGGUGAGAAAGUUGAACGGAGAGCAACGUGUUGAGUGCGGGCUACCAUGGAAAAAAUCGACAAGGAUGCCAAGACCAACCCGGCGGCGACGGCGGGUCUGUUAUCAAAGAUAUUUUUCUGGUGGCUCAAUCCUUUGUUCCGCAUUGGGUACAAACGCAGGCUGGAGGAGGGGGACAUGUAUGAAGUGCUGGAGGAGGACAGGUCGGAGAAUCUGGGUCAAGACCUGCAGAGAUACUGGGAUCGCGAGGGCCAGAAGGCUGCCAAAGAAAUGCGGACGCCAAGUCUCAGCAAAGUCAUCAUCAGGUGCUACUGGAAGCCAUAUGCAGUGCUGGGAUUCUUUACUCUCAUUGAGGAGGUCAUUAAAGUGAUCCAGCCAGUCAUCCUGGGGAAGAUGAUUCGGUACUUUGAGGAUUACGACCCAAAUAACAAGACGGCUUUGCACGAGACCCUCGGCUACGCCGCGGCUUUGUCCAUCUGCACCAUCGGCCUGGCAGUGCUCCAUCACCUCUACUUUUACCAUGUCCAGAGAACAGGCAUGAAGAUCAGAGUGGCCAUGUGUCACAUGAUCUACAAGAAGGCUCUGUGUCUCAGCAGCUCAGCCAUGGGGAAGACCACCACCGGCCAGAUUGUCAACCUCCUGUCCAAUGACGUCAACAAGUUUGAUGACGUGACGAUCUUCUUGCACUUCCUGUGGGUCGGGCCUCUCCAGGCGGCCGCGGUCGUGGGGCUGCUGUGGUCGGAGAUCGGCCCGUCGUGCCUGGCGGGCAUGGUGGUCCUCAUGUUCUUGAUGCCUGUGCAGACCCUGUUUGGAAGGCUCUUUUCUAAGUUCAGGAGCAAGACAGCAGUUCUGACUGACAGCAGGAUCCGCACAAUGAAUGAAGUGGUGUCUGGAAUUAGGAUCAUCAAGAUGUACGCCUGGGAGAAGCCUUUUGCUGCUCUGGUCUCUGAGGUCAGAAGGAAGGAGAUCUCCAAGAUCAUGAAGAGCUCCUACCUGCGAGGUCUCAACAUGGCCUCCUUCUUUUGCGCCAGCAAGAUCAUCGUCUUCAUCACCUUCACUCUCUACGUGCUUCUGGGAAAUACCAUCUCAGCCAGUCGCGUGUUUGUGACGGUGUCGCUCUACACCGCCGUGAGACUCACCGUCACGCUGUUCUUCCCCAGCGCCAUCGAGAAGCUGUUCGAGAGCCGCGUCAGUAUCCGGAGAAUUCAGGAGUUCUUGAUGCUGGAGGAGAUCACAAAAAGUAGCGCUACACUGGCAAAGGAGGACAGGAAGGACGCCUCUGUGGAGAUCCAGGACCUCAUCUGCUACUGGGACAAGAGUCUGGAUGCUCCGUCUCUGCAGAACAUCUCCCUCAACCUAAACUCAAAUCAGCUGUUGGCCAUAAUAGGACCAGUGGGAGCCGGAAAGUCCUCCCUGCUGAGCUCCAUCCUGGGAGAGCUGCCUAAUGAAAAGGGUGUGCUGAAGGUCAAAGGUCAGCUCACCUACGCCGCCCAGCAGCCCUGGGUUUUCCCCGGAACCAUCCGCAGCAACAUCCUGUUUGGGAAAGAGCUGGACGUACAGAAAUACGAGAGAGUCAUCAGAGCCUGCGCUUUGAAGAGGGACUUGGAGCUGCUCCCGGACGGAGACCAGACACUGAUCGGAGACAGAGGAGCCACACUCAGUGGGGGACAGAAAGCUCGUGUCAACCUGGCAAGGGCUGUGUAUCAGGAGGCAGACAUCUACCUCCUGGAUGAUCCUUUAAGCGCUGUGGACGCUGAGGUCGGGAGACACCUCUUCGAACAGUGUAUCUGCGGCCUGCUGAGGAACAAGCCUCGUAUCCUGGUCACGCACCAGCUGCAGUACCUGAAAGCGGCCAGCGAGAUUCUGGUCCUGAAGGAGGGUCACAUGGUGGCAAAGGGAACGUACACAGAGCUGCAGCAGUCUGGACUGGACUUCACCUCCCUGCUGAAUAAGGAGGACGAGGAGCAGCAGCAGCAGCAGCAGCAGCAACAGCAGCAACCACAGCAGCAGCCUCCUCAAGACAUCGCCGCCAGAAACAGAACUCUGUCUCAGAACUCAGUGCUCUCUCAGACCUCCUCCGUGCACUCGGUCAAAGACGGAGACCACUUACCGGCGGAGCCGGCGCAGACGUUGGUGGAGGAGAGUCGAGCUCAGGGAACCAUCGGUGCACGUUUGUACAUCAAAUAUCUGAGAGCGGGAGCCAACGUCGUGACUCUGCUGUUUGUGAUACUGGUCAACUUUUUGGCUCAGGUCGCAUACAUCAUGCAGGACUGGUGGCUAGCUUACUGGGCCGACGAGCAAGAGAAGCUAACAGCCAACGGCACCGUCGUCCAGAACGGACAGAACGUCACUCAAGAGCUGGACAGGGAUUUUUACCUGGGUGUUUACGGAGGUUUGACUGCAGCCACCAUCAUAUUUGGCUUCGCCAGGAACCUGGUCCUGUUCAACGUGCUGGUGAGGUGCGCACAGUCUCUGCACAACCGCAUGUUUGACGCCAUUCUCCGAACGCCCGUGCGCUUCUUCGACAUCAACCCUAUCGGAAGAGUACUGAACAGGUUUUCGAAGGACAUCGGCCAGCUGGACUCGAACAUGCCGUGGACUUUUGUGGACUUCAUUCAGGUGUUCCUGCAGAUUCUUGGGGUGAUCGCCGUGGCGGCGUCGGUGAUCCCCUGGAUCCUCAUCCCUGUGCUGCCCCUCCUCCUCGUGUUCCUCUACCUCCGUCGAUACUUCCUGCAGACCUCCAGAGACAUCAAACGCCUCGAGUCUACCACUCGGAGUCCGGUCUUCUCCCACCUGUCAUCGUCCCUCCAGGGUCUGUGGACGAUCCGAGCCUUCGGAGCCGAGGAGAGGUUCCAGAAAGCUUUUGACGCCCAUCAGGACCUGCACUCGGAGGCCUGGUUCCUGUUCCUGACCACCUCUCGCUGGUUUGCCGUCCGUCUCGACGGCAUCUGCUCAAUCUUUGUUACCGUCACCACGUUUGGCUGCCUGCUGCUGAGAGACCAGCUGGAUGCUGGCUCUGUGGGCUUGGCUCUGACUUAUUCUGUCACACUGAUGGGCAUGUUCCAGUGGGGCGUCAGGCAGAGCGCAGAGGUGGAGAACAUGAUGACGUCGGUGGAGAGAGUAGUGGAGUACACCGAACUGGAGAGCGAAGCACCCUGGGAAACUCAAAAGCGUCCUCCUCCCGAUUGGCCGAGCAAAGGCCUAGUGACCUUUGACGGGGUCAACUUUUCUUACAGCGGAGACGGACCACUGGUGCUGCACGACCUGAAAGCAACGUUCAGACCCAAAGAGAAGGUCGGUAUCGUGGGGAGAACGGGCGCCGGGAAAAGCUCUCUGGUUUCGGCUCUGUUCCGCCUGGCGGAGCCUCGGGGAAAGAUCUACAUCGACGGUGUUCUGACCUCCGAGUUGGGGCUCCACGACCUGCGCCAGAGGAUGUCCAUCAUUCCUCAGGACCCGGUGCUGUUUACGGGCUCCAUGAGGAAGAACCUGGACCCUUUUAAGCAACACACAGAUGAGGAACUGUGGAACGUUCUGCACGAGGUGCAGCUGAAGUCCGUGGUGGAGGAGCUGCCCGGCAAGUUAGAGACGGUUCUGGCCGAGUCGGGCUCCAAUUUUAGCGUGGGCCAGAGACAGCUGGUGUGUCUGGCCAGGGCCAUCCUGAGGAAGAACCGCAUCCUGGUCAUCGACGAGGCCACGGCCAACGUGGACCCCAGGACGGACGAACUGAUCCAGAGGACCAUCCGAGAAAAGUUCAGAGAGUGCACCGUGCUCACCAUCGCUCAUCGGCUCAACACCAUCAUAGACAGCGACCGCAUACUGGUUCUAGACGCAGGGAAAAUCCACGCCUAUGACGAGCCGCACACCCUGCUUCAAGAUCCCAACGGCAUCUUUUAUAAAAUGGUGCAGCAGACGGGCAAACAGGAGGCGGUGGCCCUAGCGGAGGCCGCUAGACAGGCAUACGAGAACGGAAGCCGGCCCAAGCUCUCGAACGGGCAUGCGGACGUGGUUAUCUUUGAGACGGCUCUGUGAGAGCGCCGAGCUCUGGAGUUGACGCGGCGGAAGGCGAGCCGGCCCGGAAGGGAUUGUCGUAAGAGCCGAGAGACACUAUUUAUUUUCAACGCUUUAUAUUUAUCACGCAUAAAGAAUGCGCUGCCGAGCGUAGCGAUGCCUUAGAAACACGGCUGCCUCGUCCUUUUAAAGCUAAAAGUGCCUUACAUGAGGUUGCGUGGCCGUUUGACCGUGGUCCUGUUUAAAAUGUCCAGAGACUUUGUGUCUGAGGGGGAACCAAUGUAACAAGGGACCGAGCAACUGAGUGAAAGCUGUAAAUCCAAAUGUAUUUUGUAUGUUGUUGUUUUACCAAAAAAAAUAAAAAGUAAAAAAUAAAAGAAA